UGAUCAGCAGCGAGUGACGCACGGCACGUCUCUGUUACCAUGACAACAACAAACUUCACGGAGACGCUGAAACUUUAGCUGCAUGUCUCGGAGUCAGUCUUCACGGAGAACCGGGAGCAUGAGGCCGGUAAACGCCGCCGCUAACGGGCGGAAAAUGCGCAGCAUCAUCGCGGAGGAUCCCGAGUGGUCGCUGGAGCUGGUUCCUCUGCUAACAACACUCUGUCUACAGCAUAUUAUAAAACAUUUUAGAGAGAAACCCAUUCUGGAUGAACUUACGCCCAACUACAAAGCGUAUGUGCUCCAGCGGCUACCAACAUCUCUUCCCUUGACCAUCACUGCAAACCUCAUCAGUGAUGAGAGCUACUGGAAACGCUGCUGUGAAGGUCGCUGGGCUGUCAGUGACGUCUCCACAUACGACAACAGCUGGAAACGCAUGUUCUUCGAGCGUCACCUAGAGAACAUCAUUGAAUUCUUCAUCCCGGAUGCAACCGACACCAAGACAGUCCUGGAUGCGGUGCCACUGUGUCGAAACUAUGUAAAGCGACUGAAAGUCUCUCAGCUGCUGCCACCCAUCAAAGAGUCACCCAGGUAUGACGAGGAUGACCGUUCAGAUUGUGCCAGUGAUACGGGCAGUGAAGGACCCUCCAUGGAUCACUUCGAUUUCCGCAUUCUGCUCGACAAACUGCCGAAUCUGGAAGAGCUCAACGUGGUGUAUGGAGUGAAAGGAUGCGGCAUGAACUUUGAGUGGAAUUUGUUUGAGUUCACCUUCAGAGACUGCGAAUUCCUGGCAAAAGCCCUACAUUCCUGCAAGACUUUACAGGUCUUCAGGAUCCAUCGCAGUAAGGUGGACGAUGAGAAGUGUUGUCUGCUCGUGAGCCAACUGCUGGAUCACCCGUCCCUACAGGAGCUCGACUUUUCACAUAAUCACAUCGGCGACCGCGGAGCCCGAGCCAUCGGAAAACUCCUGAACCGCAGUCAGCUGAAGAGACUGGUCAUCUGCAACAACCAGAUCAGAGGUCCAGGAGCUCAAGCACUGGCUCAUGCUUUGUCCAAAAACACCACCCUGAGGUCCCUCAACCUGAGGCUCAACCGCAUCGUAGAUGAAGGGGGUCAAGCUCUGGCUCAGGCUCUGGUGAAGAACAAGACCCUGGUGAACCUUCAUCUGGGGGGAAAUAACAUGACCGAACCCACAGCCAUGGCGCUGUCUCAGGCCCUGGUGGAGAACCGUACCCUCAAGAACCUAAACCUGUCCAACAACAGACUGGGAGUUGACGGAGGUAAGAUUCUGGAGGAAGGGAUGUCCCACAACAGCAGUCUGGUGGAGUGUGACAUUCGGCUGACCAAUGUGGCUCAGGACAGUGAGUACUGCAUCACUCAGGCUCUACGGGCCAAUCAGAGCCAGGCUGCACGCAAAAAUCAAACACAAAUGUGAUCCCAGUGCCAAAGUCUGAGGCCGGACAUGCUGUGCCUGUCAGAGAAUAAUUACUGGCCAAUGA